UUAUUGGGCAUUUUCGGUGUCCAUUUACCUGCCAUCUACGGAGAGAAGAUACGGAACGUGCUCAGAAGUCUCUUGCAGGAGCUCAUUCAGGUGAUCACUGCACUGGACUGGGUGAAACAAUUAUCCAACUUCAAUUGUUGUCUGCCAGCCGAUAUUGUCUCGUAG